GGGACCGGGCGGCCUCCGCUCCCAGACACCCGUCCGCGGCGGAGGCGGCGGAGCCGGGGAGGAGGCUGCGGACGCCGGGAUCUCCUCCGGAGCGGGGACGCGGGCGUCGGGCGCCCCCGGAGACGCCCGAGCCCGAGCUCCGGAUCCUGGGGCGCGGAGCCGUGGGCUCUGCUGCCCUGCACGCGGCCCGGGACCCCACCGCGGAGCCCCGGUGCCCCUCGGAGACGUCCAGCCCCGGUGGCCAGCGGGUACCCCGGGAAGCCCCGGGCCGCCCCCUCGGAGCGUUCGGAGCGGGUCUCUGAACUUCGGGGUUCCGCCCCUGGGCACGCUCACCGCGCUCCAGGCCACGCCCACACACCAGCAAGCCACGCCCCGGGGCGCCGACCACGCCCACCCCGCAGGACGCCAAACGGCCAUGGGGACUCCCCGCAGCCCGGAGGAGGGCUUCAGGUCGCCGCAGGCUCCGGAGGGCGCCGCCGAGGUCCAGCCUCGAGGGCCCGUGCAGCCCCGGGGGCACCCGGAGGAGCCCCAAGAGCGCGAGGACUCCGACGUCCCAGCCGAGCCGCCGAGCUGCCGGGGAGCUGAGCGGCAAGCCGAGGAAGGGGAAGAAGUGGGAGAGGAAGGUAGCAGCACCGAGAGCUGCCGCGAAGAGGUCCCCGGAGCCAAGGCUGCCCCGGCUCUCCUAUCGCCCAGCUGGCCUCUCCUCUGCGGCCAUUUGUUUUAA